GAAGCCGGAGAAGGGGAUCCAGUACCUGAUCGAGAGGGGCUUCCUGUCCGACACCCCCGUGGGCGUCGCCCACUUCAUCCUGGAGCGGAAGGGCCUGAGCCGGCAGAUGAUCGGCGAGUUCCUGGGCAACCGCCAGAAGCAGUUCAACCGCGACGUCCUCGACUGCGUGGUGGACGAGAUGGAUUUCUCCGGGAUGGAGCUGGACGAGGCCCUGCGGAAGUUCCAGUCCCACAUCCGCGUGCAGGGGGAGGCGCAGAAGGUGGAGCGCUUGAUCGAGGCCUUCAGCCAGCGCUACUGCGUGUGUAACGCGGCCCUGCUGCGCCAGUUCCGCAACCCGGACACCAUCUUCAUCCUGGCCUUCGCCAUCAUCCUCCUCAACACCGACAUGUACAGCCCCAGCGUCAAGGCCGAGCGCAAGAUGAAGCUCGAGGACUUCAUCAAGAACCUGCGAGGGGUGGACAAUGGCGAGGACAUCCCCCGGGACAUGCUGGUGGGCAUCUACCAGCGCAUCCAGAGCCGCGAGCUGCGCACCAACGACGACCACGUGUCCCAGGUGCAGGCGGUCGAGCGCAUGAUCGUCGGCAAGAAACCGGUGCUGUCCCUGCCCCACCGGCGCCUGGUCUGCUGCUGCCAGCUCUACGAGGUGCCCGACCCCAACCGGCCCCAGCGCCUGGGGCUGCACCAGCGCGAGGUUUUCCUCUUCAACGACCUGCUGGUGGUGACGAAGAUCUUCCAGAAGAAGAAGAUCCUGGUGACCUACAGCUUCCGGCAGAGCUUCCCGCUGGUGGAGAUGCACAUGCAGCUCUUCCAGAACGCCUAUUACCAGUUCGGGAUCAAGCUGCUGUCGGCGGCGCCGGGGGGCGAGCGCAAGGUGCUGAUCGUGUUCAACGCCCCGAGCCCCCAGGACCGGCUGCGCUUCGCCAGCGACCUCCGCGAGUCCGUGGCCGAGGUGCAGGAGAUGGAGAAGUACCGGGUGGAGGCCGAGCUGGAGAAGCAGAAGGGCGUGGCGGGGCCGCGGGGCGCGGGGCCCCCCCGCGAGGCGCUGAACGGGCUGAGCCGCAGCAGCCUGGAGGAGGCGUUCGGCGCAGAGGGGCUCAAGCGCAGCGCGCUCAGCAGCUCCCUGCGAGACCUGUCCGACAGCGGCAAGCGGGGCCGGAGGAACAGUGUGGGGUCCCUGGACAGCACCAUCGAGGGCUCCAUCAUCAGCAGCCCCCGGCCGCAGGCGCGGGGGGGCCCGGGGCGCGCCCCCGAGGGGGGCUACAAGCCCCCGGCCCGGCCGGUCUCCAACUCCUCGUCCUUCCUGGGGCUCGCUGUUCGGCAGCCGCCGCGGCAAAGGCCCCGCCGGGCCCCCCCCCCGGCGCGGGGGGUCCCGCUUCGGCCUCGGCCUCCUCCUCCUCGGCGUCCUCAUCGCAUCACCACCACCACCCGCCGCCCGCCGCGCCCCCCCCGAGGGCCCCUCCAAGCUGCAGGCGCUGCACGCCCAGUACUGCCACGGGCCCGGGGGGGCGCGGCGGGCGCGGGGGGGGGGUCCGGGCCCUCCGCCGCCGCCGCCGUACCCGCAGCAGCCGCCCCCUCCCAACCGGCCCGCGCCCCCGCCCGCCGCUGCCGGCCAUCGCCGCCGGGGCCCCCCCGCGCUUCCACGGCGGGCCCACCCCGCCGUUAUCGGCGCCCCCCCAGCAGCACGGCCCCCCCGGCGGGGGGUUCCCCCCCCCCGCACCCCCAUUACACCUUGCACCGGCCCGGCAAAAGGGGGGGGGCUCCUCCCGGCGCCCCCCGGCAGCCGCUGUCCCCCCUGCCCCUCUACAGCCCCGCGCCCGCCCACCACGGGCUGUCGCACGCGUACCCCCCCGGGCCCCCCCCGCACCACCACCCGCCGCCGCCCCCCGCCCCCGCCAAGCACUUCGUGUUCGGGGGGGGCGGCGGAGUUGGGGGGGGCCCGGCCGGGGGGGCUUUACGGGGGGGAGGAGGGGGCGCGGCGCCCCCUGCCCAUCACCACCAUCACCACCAUCACCACCACCACGCGGGCCCCCCCCCACUCGCCCAUCCCCCCCCCACCCUUCCUACCCCCCCCCUGCCGCCCCCGUCGCCCCACACCCCCCUCAGCCCCCACUCCCCCGCCGGCCCCACCUCGCCCCUGGCCCAGGCCGGCCAGGGCCCCCCCAAACCCAAGGGGGGGAACCGCAUCAGCACGGUGGUCUGA